AUGAAUAUUCUUAUAUUAUAUGCGGACAACAUCAUUAUAACCGGAGAUGAUCACAAAAGAAUAGAGGAUCUCAAGAAACUUCUUGACAAAGAAUUUGAAAUUAAGGACUUGGGAAAUUUUAGGUAUUUUCUGGGAAUGGAGGUUGUCAGGUCAAAAGCUGGUAUUUUUAUUUCUCAAAGAAAGUGUCAACGCAGAGAGGUUGAGGUCUUCACAUAUGCAGACUGGGCAGGUUCAAUAACAGACCGUUGUUCAACUAUUGGCUACUAUAUCUAUGUCUGGAGAAACAUGGUGACAUGGCAUAAUAAGAAACAAUCAGUAGUUGCAAGGAGCAGCAUAAAGGCUGAAUACAGAGCAAUGGCUCAUGGUAUCUGUGAAGGAAUUUGGAUACAAUUACUUGAAGAAUUAAGGGUGGAAAGAAGAGGUCUUGUGAAGUUAUACAAUGAAGAUAUACAAAGCUGCCAUCAGCAUUGCUAA